AUGUCAGACCAGACCGGGCAUGGAAAGCCUCUUGAUACUUCAGCUUCCUCAAACGAUACCCUAGUGCGCGAUCAAUCGCCCCAGGCAGGAAGUUCUGAUGGCGAAGGUGGGGAAAGAAGUGCACGCGAGAAACUCAAGAAAACCUCGAUCGCUGGCCUUGUUCAAAAGGUGAAGGAAACCCAAGGCGAAGGCAAAGACGCCGGCUUUGUUGUCCAGAUCGAAUCGAGCGAUCCACCUACAGAGAAUGGAAGUAGAGGCCGGCCGUCCAAGAAACGGUCGUUUGAAGAUCUACAGCAUGAUGACUCUGGGCUCGGCGUCGAAAAUGGUGGUCCUCCCCUUCCCAAGAAAGGUCUACAUAAGAGAAUGAGGUCAAGGGAGAUUACUGGUGAUGAUGCUAUUCAAACCUUUGACAAAGACGACGUUACAAGUCCCGUGCAGGAGGAGAACGAUAUUGAGGCAGAAAAAUCCCCUGGUGGUCCUGGAGUUCUCGUUGAAGCCCCUUCGCAGCAGGAUUUGGACGAGGCGGCCGGUGCAGUAGCAUCGUCCACAUCCAUCAUUGAGAAGCCGAGUGCUCCACCACCCAACAAGGCACCCGAGAUCGCAUCGUCCUCCGGGUUUGCGAAUGCCUCUGCCACUUCGCCAUUCGGCAGCCUCGUGUCUCCCAAAUCUCCUCCGCAACCUGCACAGUCGAUCUCUUCUCCAGAUAACUCAACCUCCAACUCAGCAUUUGCAUCCUCCGGGUUGUCUGCAUUUGCGUCGUCGGAAAAGUCUCCUUUUGGAAUGGCAGGGUCCACCGCGAAGGCUGCAUCUGGAGGUUUCGGCUCGGCUGCCAGUGGUUUCGGCGGCACGUCCCCCUUCGCGACUAAACCCCUGUCAGGCUUUGGCUCAGGUGGCGGUUUUGGAAGUGGCGGCGGUUUUGGGAGCGGAUUCAGCAGCACUCCAAAGCCUUUCGGGAGCGGCACUGGCUCUUUCGCUGGACCAGGUGGAAUAACUGGUACAUUUGGAAAGCCAAAGCCUUUUGGAGCAUCCAAGGAGGAUGAGGAUGACAACAGUCAGCAUGACGAAGAUGGCACCGAUCACCAUCAGACGGAAGAUGAUGCCCACCGGGACCCCAGGUUCAAAGAACGAGAACACAUUGAAACUGGAGAGGAGGAAGAGGAGACGAUAUUCAGCUGCCGAGCGAAGCUGUACCACUUCGAAAAGGAAUGGAAAGAACGCGGAACAGGCGUGUUCAAAAUCAAUGUGCGAUACGAGACCCGAUCCACACCCGUCACCGGAAGUGCAGCAACCAAGGCGGAGCAGGAAGAGAGCAAAGACAAUUCCGAAGCUGAUCUCGCAGCUGAUCUCGAAGCCGGUGAGGCGCUCGAACAAGAACGCAAAGCCCGCCUUAUCAUGCGGACGGAUGGGGUCCACCGCGUUGUGCUCAAUACUCCCGUCUUUAAGGAUAUGAACGUGGGAACACAUGAUGGACAAGAGCCGUCGGGCAGGACAAUGUUUCUCACAGGGUUGGAAGACGGUAAACCGAUAGGUUACCAGAUCAAGGCUGGCAAAGAAGACUUUCUGAAGGAGAUCUACCACACAAUCAGAGAGCUACAGGAAGAGCUGUGA